AUGGAUAUCAUCCUGGAACUGUGGGACACCUUCGUGGGUGAUCGCCUCUACUCGGCUCUGCUGCCGACCUCCUUAUCAGCCUCCGCGGGUCUGCCGGCCUUUGUGAAUGUCGCCAACAGUACUCUGUCCCUCUUUGGCGCGACAGAGCCCUUUGUGUACGAGCCCGCCACACAGUUGAUCCACCUGGAGCCUUCCAAAUAUGCCUACCUCAGUGCGUGGCCGCGCAAUAACAUCUACCGUCAAUUCACCAGUUUCUUCCUGAUCACAUGGAUCUUUGGCCUCCUCGUGUACUUCAUUGUCGCCACCGCUUCCUAUGUCUUCAUCUGGGACAAGACCACUUACAAUCACCCCAAGUUCCUCAAGGGCCAGAUCAAACUCGAAAUGAAGCAGGCCAUGUCUGCGAUGCCUCCCAUGGCCCUCUUGACGGCGCCGUUCUUUGUCCUUGAAGUUCGGGGUUACGCCAAAUUGUACGACAGCGUUUCCGACGAGCCGUUCCCCUACUACAGCAUCCUCCAGAUUCCUCUCUUCAUCCUCUUUACCGAUUUCUUCAUCUACUGGAUCCACCGUGGUCUGCACCACCCGAUGGUCUACCGGACGCUUCACAAGCCUCAUCACAAGUGGAUCAUGCCUUCACCUUUCGCCUCGCACGCUUUCCACCCUCUCGAUGGCUGGUCGCAAAGUGUUCCCUACCACGUCUUCCCCUUCAUCUUCCCGCUGCAAAAGGUCGCAUACGUUUUCUUGUUCGCCUUUAUCAACUUGUGGACCGUCUUCAUUCAUGACGGCGAGUAUGUGGCCAACAGCCCCGUCGUCAAUGGAGCCGCCUGCCACACGAUGCACCACUUGUACUUCAACUACAACUACGGCCAGUUCACGACCCUGUGGGACCGCUUGGGUGGGAGCUACCGCAAGCCCAACGAGGAGUUGUUCCGUCGCGAGACUAAGAUGAGUCAGAAGGAGUGGCAGCGCCAAUCCAAGGAGAUGGAGACGAUUCUUAAGAAUGUCGAGGGUGAUGAUGACCGAACCUACAUGGCCUCUGAGAACAAGAAGAAGAACCUAUGA